CGAGCCUAGAGACUGUGCGGCGCGCAGGUGAAGGCUGGGGCGGGGUGUCCCCCCCCCCCCCGGGGGCACAGCAUGUCCCGGAGCCCCGCGCGGGGCUGGCACGGGGCGACCUGAGCAGCGGGAUGAGGAGCCGCCCGCUGGGCAAGGUGCUCCGGAGGCGGCUCCGGCUGCUGCUGGCCCUGGGACUGCUGAUGGCGGGGCUCUGGGCCGCCUACCUGGAGCUGGUGGCGUCGGCGGAGGCCAGCGGGCACCCCCUGAACCACAGAUAUGGGAGCUGGAGGGAACUGGCUAAAGCUCUGGCAAACAGGAACAUCCCUGCUGUGGACCCAAACCUUCAGUUUUACUAUCCUCAGAAGCCACUACACCAGAACCAAGAGCAGCAAAGAGGUGCGAGGAAUAGGUCUGUUUAUCCAGCCAGGGAAAACUCCGUCCCUUGGAUCCCGGAGUUCCAGGGUCAAGUCAAUCUCCAUGUGUUCGAGGACUGGUGUGGCAGCUCCAUUGAGCAGCUCAGAAGGAACCUCCACUUCCCACUGUACCCCCAUAUACGAACCACACUGAAGAAACUGGCAGUGUCACCAAAAUGGACAAACUAUGGGCUCCGUCUCUUCGGUUAUCUGCAUCCUUUCACUGACGGGGACUUUGAGUUUGCUAUUGCUGCAGAUGACAAUGCUGAGUUCUGGUUGAGUCCAGAUGAAAAGACGUCUGGUCUCCAGCUGCUGGCCAGUGUAGGCAAGACUGGCAAGGAGUGGACAGCGCCAGGGGAAUUUGGGAAAUUCCGGAGCCAGCAAUCAAGGCCUGUGAGAUUAUCAGCUUCAGGCAGGUACUACUUUGAGGUGCUUCACAAACAGGAUGACAGAGGAACAGACCAUGUGGAAGUGGCAUGGAGACUGAGUGACCCAGAAACUAAGUUCACAGUCAUAGACUCCCAGUUCCUCUCCCUUUUUGCUAAUGAGACUGUCUUCAAGAUGGAUGAGGUUGGUCAUAUCCCACAGACAUUGGCAAGCCAUGCAAGCCCAUCUACAGCCAAUCUGGGCAACAUGGUACACCCAGCUGACAUGCUGAAGCCCGACUCUCGAGACACUAUUUAUAAAGUGCCUUUGAUUAGUAAGUCACGCCUGCGCAGGACCCUACCAGACUGCCCUUACAAACCCAGUUACCUAGUGAAUGGAUUCCCACUGCAGCGCUAUCAGGGACUCCAGUUCGUUCAUUUGUCCUUUGUUUACCCAAAUGAUUACAGCCGCUUGAGCCACAUGGAGUCAGACAACAAAUGCUUCUACCAGGAGAGCCACUAUUACUUGGAGAGGUUUGGAUUCUAUAAGUAUAUGAAAAUCGACCAUCCAGAGAGGAGAAAUCUGGAGUCUGGGGAGAAAACCGAGCAGCCAGGCUCUGAGGAAGGGAAUCCUGAUGAGUUUCAGUACACGGAUGAAUAUGCAGAGAGCACCAAUCCCCCAAGGAAUCUCAGCAAGUGGGGAGCAGAGCCAGUGGGAAUCGAGGCAAACCCCACCAUGAAAGCAGGCUAUGAUGACAUUUACAAUGACUAUUCCCUCCCGGGGCAUCGGAAGUUCCUCUCGCUCAUGGAUGAUAAGUUGGGACAGGUGCUACAGAAGAGAGGAGCACAAAGGCCCCUCAUCAAGCCAGCUCACAGGACUUCAGCCAACCAGAGCAUCAACCAAACUGGCCUAGAAAGAAACCUAUCAAUGAAGAGGCCCCAUCUAAAAAUCAAGGUCAAGGACAGUUCCAGAAACCCUCCUCAUCAUGUUAGGGGCAUCCAUGGGAAGUCACUGCCCAAGAGAAGAAUGGGAGGCCAGGACCUUCCUUCUAGUACAAGACCUCACGAGCCCUGGGAACAUAUACCCAGCAAUUCCAGGGACUCCACUGACAGGAUUCCAAGGGAGAUGGGGCCUCCUCAGAGAGAUCUCUAUGCAACCAGCACCAAGGACCAGCCAGCAGGCAACAUGCAAGCAAGGAGACAAAGUCCAGUCUCUGGCAAAAUAAGUAGUAGGGCCGUGAGUGCUGCCAGCCUCAGCAAGCAGACCCUUUACCAGGCACAGUGGCUAAACCAAGUGGAGUCAUACAUUGCCGAGCAGAAGGCGGCUGACGGCAUUGAGGUGGAUGUGGAAAGGGGGCAAGUGGAGUCUCAGCCUGAGCCUGCUGAGCUGGCAGUGGAGGAGAAGGAGGAAGAGGUAGAAGGGGAAGCAGAGGGGGAGGAGGAAGAAUUUGAGUACAUGCCACAAUUUGACCAGGUAGUGAACUGGGAGCAGACCUUCAGCGCGAGCAACUUGGACUUCCACACGCUGCGGACAGAUUGGAUCGACCUGAAGUGCAACACAUCGGGGAACCUGCUGUUGAAAGAGAGGGAGGCCCUGGAGGUCACACAUGUCUUCCUGAAAAAACUCAACCAGAGAAGCAAAGGGAGAUUCCACCUACAGCGCGUAGUGAAUGUGGAGAAGCGCCAAGACCGCCUGCGCGGGAGCCGCUACCUGCUGGAGCUGGAGCUGCUGGAGAGGGGAGGGCAGCUCGUGCGCUUCUCAGAGUAUGUCUUUGCGCGGGGCUGGCAGGGCAUCAGCAGCGACAAGCAGGAGGAGAUGAACAUGAAGAACCUGGCAUGGGGCCAUCAGCGCCAACUGAUGGGAGUUGCAAAUGAGCCAGACCUGUGCUGGCCACUGGGCUUCUCCUGGAACCAUCAUGCUGUUGUCCACUUCAUAGUGCCAGUGAAAAACCAGGCACGCUGGGUGCUGCAGUUCAUUUCUGACAUGGAGGAACUGUCUAGAGUCACCAAGGACCCAUACUUCAAUGUCAUCAUCGCAGACUACAGCAGUGAUGACAUGGAUGUAGAGAAGGCUCUGAAAAGGUCCAGUUUACACAGUUACCAGUACUUGAAGCUGACGGGGAAUUUUGAGCGCUCUGCAGGGCUGCAGGCUGGAAUAGACCUAGUGAAGGAUCCACACAGUAUCAUCUUCCUGUGUGAUCUCCACAUCCACUUCCCGGCUGGGAUCAUCGACUCGAUUCGGAAGCACUGCAUAGAGGGCAAGAUGGCCUUUGCACCCAUAGUUAUGAGGUUGCAGUGCGGCGCAUCUCCACAAUGGCCUGAGGGCUAUUGGGAGGUGAAUGGAUUUGGUCUCCUAGGCAUAUACAAGUCUGACCUGGAUCAGAUUGGAGGGAUGAACACCAAAGAGUUCCGGGAUCGCUGGGGAGGAGAGGACUGGGAACUCGUGGACAGGAUCAUGCAGGCUGGCCUGGAAGUGGAACGACUGUCCCUGAGGAACUUCUUUCACCGAUUUCACUCCAAGCGGGGCAUGUGGAACCGACGACAGCUGAGGACACCAUAAAGUUCGACCAUAAAGCUGCCCGGCAGAGCCAGCCACCCCUGAAGCAGCACAUGCACCUCGCCUAGGCAUGCUGCCAACAGUACACACUCCUCCUCUCUCCAGAGUCAUCACAGGAGAGCAGACUUACAGGUGCUUGUGAAAAGGGAUGAUCAGUGUAUAGGAGUGGAAACUUAUCUUUGGCACUUGUGAGCCAGUGGGUCCCAGACAUGGGAUCAGUGACUCGUUCUGUAUUUGGGGGAGCCUUAGACAAGCGAAGGACUGGUUACCCCUGACACUGAUGCACCUGGAGCCCCUGACUGAUGGUACAAUAAAAGUGGUGGCGAGCAGUCUGGAGUGUCUUGCAUGGUACAAAUUUAAGAAAAGGAACAAAUCCCAGUUACAACCUGAAUGGAUUAUUUACAAUAACGCUGCUGUUUCUUUUGAUACUUGAAAAACUCUGACACCCAUGUCUUUGGACAGGGGACCAAAGGAACUUCUCUGAACUGUGUUGUGUCCUCAUCCCCAGGUACCAGCCCAGCCCAGAAUAGACUGAGGAGCUGUUAGGGAUGUUAGGCUGCCAGUGCUUAGCCCUAUUUGCCACCCUUUCAUCUAAAUCACUGGGAAAAUCUACACUCCUGUUCAACAAACCAUGGGCCGUAUCUGUAGACUCAAACCCUUUUCUCUCACGAGAGACCUCAUUUGCCUGCAGCUGGCUGGGGCUAGUGUUAAGACCCCCAUCUUGGUUAGUUGUUCCCUGCCUGAGGCUCAUGCUGGGUACUUGGAGAGGACAGGUGAGGCCAUCUCAGUAGGAACUGGGAAGCCAUGUCGACAGCUGUAGCCCAGUCAGACAAGUGUGUGUCCCAGCAGUAGCUGGGAAUUCAUAAUAGAGGGAAAUGGAAUAUUUGAUUGGCUGAAAUAUUGUAUCUUUGUCAGUGAGAAGGAGAACUUUUCUGCUCCUCAAACCUGGUCUAUAACACAGCAUCUGGGGGUUAAUUUAAUAAGUUAUGAUUUCACAGUUGUUUUCCAUGGUAGAUUCUACAUGUGUGAAGAACUAUUUGUUACAUAGUGGAAGAACAGGAGCAGUUAACCAUGCUGCACUUAUGGAAAGACCAGAUGAGCCUGGCCCUGGCACUGGUGAGAUGAAGGUGGGAUCUGAGUUACUACAGAGAAUUCUUUCCUGGGUAUCUGGAUAAUGAAUCUUGCCCAUAUGCUCAGGGUUCAGCUGAUCGUCAUA